AUGUCAUCUCUGACUGGAAGAGGCGAGAGAUUUACUGCCUCGGUCAGAGGAACUCUCAGGGUAAGUCCCAUUUAACCUUUUUCAACAGAUUCAUUCGCAUCUGUGGAGCAUUUGAGGGUCUUUCUGGACUUUCUUUGGCGAGUUAUUGUUUUUACAGCAAGGAUAAACAUUUGGGUGUGGUUACAGUUGCCCCGCGUCGAUUGAUAUCUAAUUUCCCACUGCCAAAGCCCACAUGCAUCCUCUGUGAAAUGAUUUAUUCCUCAGAGCUCAGAAGUGCAGCAUCACUCCGGCUUUCCCGCAACUCUUAACGGGACAGACUCCAAACCCAAGGAGCGCCCUGUCCCGGAGGGUGCCGGAGGGACCCGAGGCGACCCACAUCGGAAUAUGUGCCAGAGAGGAGCAGACCCCGUCCCGGCAUACAGGAGUCUGUCUAGAACCGUGGAGGACCGCAUCAGGAGUACUUUGUCCUCUGGAGGAAACGGCACUUUCUGCACGGACACCAUGUCCAGGAACCCCGGCUUUUGGAGGUCUGAGAGGAAAGUUGCGUGUUGUGAGAAGUGCUCAGCGUCCCUUGUUGCUCUGAAGAAACAAGCUCUGAGUCUGGCUGUGCACCAUCACUUCUCCUACAAGGUCAGUAGACUUAGGGGAACCUCUGAUAGUGGAGCACUGAAGACCAGACUGCUCAAUUGAAGACAAUAAGGAAAAAUAUUGCUGAAAUCAAACAUUUAGACAGUUAGAUUAAACUAAAAGUAAGAAUUUCUAAUAAAUAUCCUACUUUCAUUUUCAAUAUUUUGCAAAUUAAAAGAAACAUCCAACUCCUAGUAAAAUUACAUCCAUAUAAACAAUAGCCUUCAUUAUCUAUAGUAGUGGUUCUCAACUGGUCUCACUCUGGGACCCACAUUUUUCCAUGGUCCUUCAGUUGUGACCCACUUUUAUAAACUUCAAACCAAUUUAUUUUUUUAGACAAAAAAUAACCUCAAAUCUUUAACAUAAAUACACUUAUUUUAUCGAGUACAGUGCAUUUCAGAGCACAUGAACUGAGGAUGGCAACUGCUGAAGUUGCACGUGCAGAAAAUAUCAAUUCGCACAAAAUGGAGACCAGCAGAAUGAAAAAUUUGAUUUAUUUGCAUCUCUGCAUUUAGAGCAUAUUCAGAAGAACCUGCAACAGGACAAAUGUGGAUAAAUAUCAAAUUUCACAAAAUAAAGACCUUAAAAAACAUGUAAUUUUACUGCAUUCAGGCCACAUUAAUAAGAAACCAAGAACCAAUAAAUAUUUCCUUUUUUUUUGACCAGGACCCAUCCAGAACGUGUCCGCAACCCACUUUUGGGCCGGGACCCACCGGUUGAGAACCACUGAUCUGUAGGCUUUGUUAAUAAAACUGCUAUCCCCCCUAUUUUCUUGUGCGUUAAUGUCAAGUAAAAGGUGUUAUAAUAUUCUUGUGGGCUCAUUAGUCUUCUGUGCAGCUUUGCUUCUCGCCAUUCGUGUGUACUUUUGUCACCACUCACAUCCAUCAAACUCACUCCAAUCGACAGAGUAAACCAGUGCUAUUCCUCAGCGAGUGGUUUCAAAUGAAUAUUUCAUCUCUGACAACCGUGUGUCAUCUCUACUGUCCUCUCCAUUGAGGGAAAGGCUGUUUAUUUCUGUCCUGCUAAGUGGGAUGGGGCGCAGCGGGCGUCAUGUUUUUAAGAAAGAGACCGCAACACAGAAGAGUGCAUAGUUUGAGGAGGGGGGAGAUGCUAUCUUGUGGCCACAGAAGAAAUCAGAUAAGCAGACCCGCUCCUUGCAGUUUUAUUGAUCUGAGCACAGUUUCUCAAAACCACCUUUUAAGUCCAGUUUACGAUCUUUAAAUCAAAGUCCAGUCGUGUGUUUGACAUGCCUUUGUCAUUAGAAUACAGGACUCUGGAAACUGGACUAUACUGUAGAUGUGGCGGCCCCUGAUGUAGUUUAAUGAUUUUGUUUUACAUAAUUCUUCAGAGGGAAAAUGGGUCACUGGAAAUGUGCUGGCGACCUGCAGGAAGGAUGGAGAGACAUGGGGGGAGGAGAAGGGAGUCUAGUGGAAGUCAAGGGCAGGCCAAAGAGGAUGUGGCUCAAGAAUGUCUUAAGUCCAGAUGAUGGCCCCAAUUUUUGUUUUUAAAGAUUUGAAAUUCUGCUCUCUUAAAACCAAGCUGACUGAUUUCAACUUUUACAAAUGCAACCUUAAAACUGUUGAAAAAGAAUGUUUAAUUUUCUCUAAAGCAAGAAAAAAUUGUUUAUUUAAGAUCACAACUUCCCUGCAGAUGGAAAAAUGAAAUACCGUAUUUUUCACAUUACAAGGUGCACUUAAAAUCCUUCAGUUUUCUCAAAAAUCCUCAGUGCGCCUUAUAAUCAGGUGCACCUUUUAGUGUGAAAAAUAUGGUAAUUCGUUUAGAAAAAAAAAAAAAAAAACGCAUGAAAGAAAGUUGCUUUUUAAUAAAGGUGCAGUCUGUAAUUUUUGUUACUACAUUCUCUAUGGAACAACAUUCACAAUCUCGUAACUAGUGCCCCGCGGGGCACCAACGGGACGAGCUGUGUUGCGCCGCCACCUCUGUGGACCGCCUCCCCUUUUUUAUCGGGGUCUAACAUAAGUGUCAUUGAUUGGGUUACUCACAGGAGCAAGAGUUACAUUUUGAAAUUUUGUUGUGGGCGCUAUUGUGCCAUUUUAGUUGGAUCUACAUUGUGACAUUGGAGCCCUUAAGACGACGCCCCUCCUGAUCUGUGUACCAAAUUUUAUGUGGUUGCUAUAUCAAUAUCAUAGAUUGCUAUUUUUUUUUGUGGUUUUUUUAUAGCACAACCUAGGCACAGUUUAACGAAACAAGGUGCUGAAUUUCUAGGAUAUCUGGAACCUCAUCAGGUGUGUCCUGAACAAAUCUCAGCUGCAUCCCAUUAAUAAAGAAGGAGAUACAGGCCAUUAACCGAAAGACACAUUCCCCUCUGCCACCAAGUGGCACUACAACACGGGCGUAAGUUUGUCAAAUUGUCCAGAGCUGGACUGUUAUCAAAUGGAGAUGGAACCAGUGUACGGGAAGUUAUACAGAAAACUGUAGGAUGCGCUAGCGAGUCUUUUUUUUGUUCGGUCUUACUUAACGGACAGAAGUUUCUGCGUUCAACUUGACAACUCUGUGUCUUCAACAACUCCUCUUCCACAUGGGGUCCCCCAGGGCUCAAUCCUCGGCCCUCUUUUAUUUGCCUUUUAUCUACUCCCCCUUGGUUCUGUUUUUAGGAAACAUGGCAUCUCCUUUCAUUUUUAUGCCGAUGAUUGCCAGAUCUAUGUUCCGCUGGCACAGCUCCAACUCAGUCCAACAAUUCACUGACUGUCUUAAGGACGUUAAAGCCUGGCUUUCUUUUGACAUCCUCAGCCUUAAUGAGAACAAGACAGAAGUAAUGUUGUUUGGACCAAGUGGCGGCAUCCUGGCGUCCUUACACUGGCUCCCAGUUCAGUACAGAAUUCAUUUUAAGCUUUUAAUAUUUGUUUUUAAAGGCCUGAACAACUUGGCUCCAUCCUACAUUUCCAAUAUGCUCCAGCCUUACUGCCCACCCCGACCCCUAAGAUCAGCCAAUCAGCUGUUACUGACGGUCCCCAAAACAAGACUGAAGCUCAGGGGUGACAGAGCGUUUGCCGCAGCUGCUCCCAACCUCUGGAACGAGUUGCCCCUGAGAAUUAGACAGGCCUCCUCGUUCCCUGUUUUUAAAUCCCUUUUGAAAACACACUUUUAUUCCUUGGCUUUUAACAUAUUUUAGUGUUAUUUUGUUUACUUUCAUCUUAGCAUUUACCGUGAGCCUGCUUAUAUAUUUAUUUAUUUAUUGCAUUUAUGUAUUUUUGCUCGCUCUAACUUGUUCUUUGCUUGUUUUAUUUGUUUUUAUGUCACAAUGUACAGCACUUUGGCUACCCCCGUGGUUCUUGUGCUAUAGAAAUAAAGUUGAUUGAUUGAUUGAUUGAUUUUUCAUAUAUAUAGGGUCAUGGCACAAUACGCAAACUUGAACUGGGCCCGUCUCGCCUGCCAAAUUUCAGGACUUUUUAAGGCUAAAGGGUGUAAAAGAUGAAAAAAGAGUAAAGGUUAAAAUAAUAAUAAUAAUAAUAAAUAUUUCCUGCAAUUUUAAUAGGGCUCUCGCCUGCCUCUUGCAGCAUCGGCUCGGGUCCUAAUUACUUUGCUAAGUGCUAAGAUUACUUACAUCGCCCUCCCACGGCUCGUUUUCAGAGAGCUCAAUAAUCAAUUAUGUAACUCCCUGGUCAGAAAUCAAACUAAGCAGAUUAGCUCAGUCAUUAGCCUCAUGAUUGUAUCUUGAGCUCACUAGGUCUUAAAGCUUAUCUCAAAUACUAGUGAGUAACUUCUUCAAACCCCAAGCAGAGAGCGUUUAAUAACUCUCGUUUUUUGUGUCACUGUGCAGGACUCAGGUGAUCUGUCUGCGUUUCUUCACGACAAUCUUCGAGUCCACGGUCGCUCCAUUAAUGAGUCCAGGGACAUCGAGUGUGGAGCCUGCGGUGUGAACCUGAACCAGCUCAAACAGGAGGCGGUCCACUUGGCUCUGAGCAGGGGUCAGGCGUUAGCGAAGCCCCCCUUUGAACCCAGCUUCAGUAUGGGAACACUGCUGGGACAAAGUGAGACAAAGCACGGGGACAGGGCUCGGCGUGACGCCGCCACAGCGGUGCAUCAACCGCGCAGUCUCACUCAGAGUCCACAUAGUCCGAGAAGCCCAAAGACACCACAGAGGACCCCUCAGAGGACCCCUCAAAGAACCCCUCAGAGUACCCCUCAGACCCUCAGACGGAGGGGGCCUAAACCUCUACACUGUGACAUGGACCGCUGGGUGGAGGAGCAGCAGCAGCUGGUUGCAUCUAAAUCCACGCCCAACACUGAUGGUGUCGCCGUGUACCCUUAUCGCCAGGUACCCCUAAAAGCCUCUCUCAACGCUAAAUCACACAUAACACUUUCAGUUUUAAUGAGCUGUGUGUGCAAAGUAGGUCUUUAUGGGCGCACGUGUCAGCAGAGAUAUGAUUCAUGGGGUCCAAUCAGAGCCUACUUAGAUCCCAUGGUCGUCCCGGGCCGUUGUUUAAAACUACUUCUGCUAAUGGAAUGGAAUCAGGUCAUGAUUUACCCCUGUCAUAAAAAAACGGCCAGUCAGAAAGCACUUGUGAUCAAUAGGGGGGAUGGUCAUAUUUAACAGGGCGGCUGGUGAAAUAUGCAUUACAGUGAUGGAGGCCACUCUACAUCAACCCCCCCCCCCCCCUUCAAGUCCCUAAUGGAAAGGGGUACAAAACGCAAUGAGGGAGAGUUUUACAUGUUUCAUUUAAAGCUGCUGGCUCAAGGAGGGUUUUUCUAAUAGACGGCACAGUCCUCGUGUCCAAAGAGUCUGAGAGGAAGGGCACAAGGGAGCAUAUGAUGCAGACAAUUGAGCGGUUUAUGUGGAGAGCAGAUACACCUGUCUCCUCAUUAUUAUGCUUUUUUGUUUGUCAUUUUUGUCUUCUUAACCGAUCCAUUUUUUCCGAUCCAAUCCAAUACCUGGGCUGAGCGUAACGGCCGAUAUCUGAUACCGAUCCAAUACUAUUAUUGAAUGAAUGAACUGUAUACCUUACCAUGUGGGUGAAGACAUCACGCCUGACAUUAGCCUUGUUAAAAAGAAGGCAACAAAUCAACACAGAUAUAAAUUGACUUAAAGUCAUGGUUGACGAUCGUCCCAACCCCCACACACAAACCUCUCCCCUCUGUGCUCCACGAUAACUCCUCCUCCAACCUGUUUCACUCUCCCCACGACACACCCCCUCUGGCAGAAGAUCCUACGCUAGCUUCAAAUAGGAUUCACCAUGUCGGAUUGUUAGUGACUAGCGGCAGUAAACGCCAGCUCUGCUAGCGAGCGCCGUCUGCAGCUGCCUGGACAGCUACCGUGUUGACAUUGCAGAGACUAAUAAGAGUUAUUUAUGUAACAUGUGCCACGAUAAAAGGCGAUAAAAAUUACCUGUUCAACAAAAACUGCUGUUUUCGGGACCAAAUCCUGGCGGAGCUUUCUCCACCGCUCCAAGGAUGACCCGAUGUUUAUUCGAAGUAGACUCCUCGCUUGGUCACAUUUCCUCUUCGUCUCCGCCCUUUCUUCUGUCAGUGUGCGUUUUCUUUGCACUUUUGGCGGAAGUGUUUUGUUUUUUUUGCGUCCUUCUCCAUCACAGCUUCUGUAGCUAAGCUGCUCCGCUACUUUUAGCCGCUCAGAGCUCCGAGGAGGGCCGGGAGAGUGGGAGGGGACAAGUCGGAACUACGGGAGAGGGGUGUGUCGAAUGCAGCAAGGUGAUUGGAUGGAGAGGCGGAGCAGGAGGUUUACCAAUAGGAGCUGUCCAGGAAGGAUGGCUCCCAUUGGUCAAUGUUUUUGCAGCCCUGGACUUGUGAGGGUGAAUGGAUUUUUUCCGUUCUCUUUUCUCUUCACUCUGUGGAGAUCGCACUAUAGGACCAUGAUCGCCAUAGAAACGAGGUUCAUAAUAAUUACGAAUCUCUUCAAUCGUCAACCAUGCCUUUAAUAUUAUUUAUUAACAAAUAACAAAUCACACAUUAGCACACAGCAAAAAGAAGUAAGACUUCCAUGUCAACAUUUAGUGCGAAAGGAUAGACAAACAUAGAAUAUCGAGCCAACAGAAUCACUGUGUUGCUGUGUUUGAUAUUAAUUAAAAAAUAUAUUAAAAAGACUGGAUCGGAACACUGGAUCAGCAUCAUUCAUCAGAUAUCCGAUCCAGUUAAUUUGUCAAUAUCAGAACCGAUAUCUGAUCCAAAUAUCUGAUCGGUGCAUCCCAACUAUUUACAGGUAAUUUACCUCAUAAACAUACUCAAUAUUUUAAGGUACUAUUCAGUCACUUUAGCAUCGUAUUAGUUUACAGCCUUCAUGCGCCAGAUCAAAUCCUGAAUGCCACAACCCAAAGCAACCAUUUUGCAGAAAUGCCUCCGCUUUCAACGCUUUAACUCAUCCUCCAUUAUGAAUAGAUGUGAUUAGCCUGACCAGAAUCCAACAGGAUGGGAUUUUUCUUGACAAGAUGCAUCUGCUGAAGCAAAUGAAACAUGAUCUUGCAGGUUAAUCUUGUUCUCUGGAUACCAUUGGACAGGAUUAUCACCAACAGGAGGUAUCAGAAGAGUGUACGUCUUUAUAAGGUCUAAAAAUCUGGUUUUAAUAAACCUGAAACAUCCUGCUCAAAUGAAACUGUACCAGGCUUUUGCUUGACUGUAUGUACAAUCAGCAAGGCGGGUCCAGUAAGAGUAGAUCAAUAAAGCUUUGUGGAGAGAAAGCGGAGGACAAAGACACAGAAAAAGGAGGGUGGAGGGAAAGUGAUUGUAGGAGAGAGAGACAGCUCUGAUGGUUGGCAGGAGAGAGGGCAAGGACAGAAACUCCAACUGAAAGAGGAGGAGUGGGCGGGGUGGAUGAAAACCAGGAAUAAUGAAGCACUAUGUUUAAGUGAUUACAGAGAGAGAGAGAGACACCAGAGAGAGAUAAAGAUAAACAAGGCGAAGAGAAGACACACAUCUAAUAUCACCAUACAGCCAUGUUUUUGGCUGUUAUUAAAAAUAAAGAAUCUGAGCUGAGGUUAUCUUCUCUGGCGUAUGAGCGCACUGUUGCACAAAUAUGUCGGCUCUGUAGCCCGCAGCGAGGCUCAGUGACUUCAUGUUGAGCAGAAGCAUGUUGGAUUUGUCAUGUUGCAUGCACACCGCUCUGCCCAGUUAGGUUUCCUGCACCUCUAAUAAAGCAGCCAUCGCAGACUAACGCUCAGUAAAAUCUAUAAGAGGUUACCCAGCGUGUUUAACCCGUUGUGCUCUCAGCUUCGAUGGCCUACUUAGACAGACGCACCCAUUCUUGUCCCCAGAGUAAUACCCUUGGUAAUGGCCCCUUCAGAAGGGGCAGCAGGAGUGCAAUUACACAUUUGGAUUUUUAUAAUGAGCUUUUCCCCCAGCAGGCAGCAGAUGAUGCUACGCUGUCCUGUGGUAACGCUGGGACUGUACAGACCAACUCAAAGAUCCCCCACAUAUCCAGAGUGGUAAACAUCGCCAACACCGCCGCCAUGUCUCUCUUAGCAAGGUAAGAAAACAGGAUAUUGUUGCUCAACUUGUAGCAUGUCUCUUGUUGAGGCUGCACCACAAGUGUCAGCGGUUCAACAUGCCAUCUCUCUUCCUCUCUGCAGGGCGGCCGAGAAGCUCAAUCUGACGCUGAGGAAAAAAGGCCAAGCUUCGGAUCCAGCUCCUGCUUUUUCCUCCACCUGCUUCAGGGAGCUGAUCCAGAAAAACCCUCCGCCUGUACCCUCCUGCCUGCUCCAAGCUGCCACCAGAACCAAAGACUCGCCCAAUGUUGGCAAGGUAGAGCGCAGAGCUUCCAAUUUACAGUAGAAGUGAUUUUUCAGUGAAGCACAGACGGUUUAUAAUUACAGAAACGGUGCGGCAAAAAACUGAUUUUAAAAUAUAACGGUAAAAAGAAUAGAAAUAAAUUAAUAAUAUUGGUGCAGGUGGAGCAGAACAGUUUUACAGUUUUCCCAUUUGCAAAAAUAAAAAGCAGGAUAUGAUGAGCAAGGGCUGGGCGAUAUGGCCUCAAAUCAAUAUCACGAUAUAUUGAUCAGUUCACCUUGAAAACGAUAAAUGGACAAUAACUACUCCACAAGCUGCUCACCCCCUCCUACAUUAACUUCGUCUACUUCAGCCGCUACAACUUUUAAACCGUCCUCCAUCUCCUCACCUGUCUUUCCCUCUUUGUUACGGACUGGAUGGGGUGGAGUCACGUCUCUGACGUAGGACAGCAUCUUAAAGGGACAUGAGACCAUAGCCUACCUACACACCAAAAACCAACUUUUAUUUAUCUAUUGUUUUGACACUGAAUAGACUGAUAUGGGCGAAAUGAUGAUGGUUAUUGUCGUAAAUUUCGAUAUCGGUAAAUUUUCAGUUUAUCACCCAGCCCUACUUUAAAGCCAAUAAACAAGGAUCUUAUCCUUAAUCUUCUUUUUGUAUUUCAGAUCAGUCCAGUCUGACUUUCCAUGAGAGUCAUUCAGGAAAUAACGGGUUGUGUGGAUUCAACUUCCUACGAGUGUAAUUAGAUUUACAGAAUCAGAGAAGUUAACCAGCGGUGCUGAAAAAAGACAGAUGGUGGGAAUAAUGGAGAUAUUAUAUUAAAUGUCUUGUUACAUUUCUAACUUUAACUCUAAGAUACGGUAAGAUUGAUGUUAAUGUUUAUAAAAAUGGUCAUUUUGGAUAAUGGUCUAAAUUAAAUGGUAAAUUUUUGGUUUAUCGCCCAGCCCUAUGGACCUGUUUAAUGAUUUUAUUAUGAAGUCUCAAAUUCUUUUUCUUAACAUGGUCCUAAUACUCCGUAGUAAAUGUCAGAUCAAUAUCUGUAUCGGACAUUACUGAAAGCUAAAAUAUUGGUUUCGUAUCGGAGGUAAAAAAGUUGUUUUGGGACACCCCUUCAUUGGACCAAGAUUUGACCCGGCAACAGGAUAUUUUUAAACGAUGUAUCUGAUCUGUUGCAGCAUGACAGUGACAAAAACCAGCAUCGCACGAUAACAGCAGAGGAGGAAGCAAUCAGGUUUUCCUUUUAAUACACAAAGACUGAUGCAUUAUCUACUGUGAGUUUGACAGUGUAAACAUGCACUCUAUAUCUUUAUAUAUAAUCAGACAUCAUGGUGGAGGUUUUAGUGGGCUUAUUUAGCACCAUAGAGUAGGUCUGGAUCGCGGUGUCUCUCCCACAAACACCACCUUGGACGUGUUUUUGCCGCCAUUUUUACAGUCUAAAGAGAUCACAGUCAAUUUGGAGGAGAUCCUAUAUCACCCCUUCUUUAUGAUACACUGUAAUGUGGUGCUAAUGUCUCCAUCUUGUUCCUUCCCUCCCUCCGCUCACCUCCUCUGGGAGAAACUGUGGAGAUCAAUACGGCUGCCUCCCCUCCCCUUGUCUAGGAUAGAUGGACUCUUGGGUUCAGUCUAGAGUUACAGAUAGGGGCUCGGAUAGAUCCCACACCUGCCCAAUAAGCACUCAGUUGCCGGACUGAAUGAUUGCGCAAGAACGGCGGAGGAUUUUCUCUGCUUGUAUAAAAGGGUCGUGAAUAAUUUAGCCCUCAUAAAUAAGAGUUUGACACAUGUUCAAUAGGGUUAGGGAGCCACUUCUUGCAUAAGAUAUUAAAAUUAUGAGGAGGGGAGAGAAAAAAAAUCCUUCACAGCCACUGGAAACUUCUCGUGUGGCAGAUGGACUCCUCGGCUUUCAGGAUGAUGUCAUGGCGGUGUAAUGCAGCCAUGCACAGUCUCAAGAAAACCAUACUCCCCUGAUAUGAUGUGGCGUUUAUUUGCGAUCUUGCAGACCUGACUCCUGAUUGAGAAAAAUCUCUGGCUCUGUUAAAGCUUAUUGUCCGUCAUGAGGUACAUCUUGCCGUGUCUUCCCGCAGGCGAAGACCUCUGAGCCUCGUUAAGUGGCUGUAAGAUUCAGGAUCUAACUUAAUUUAAGACCAUAAAGCCUCUAAAUCUUCAGGCUUCCGACCGGCAGCGAACUGCAUUAAGGAAUUGAUGCCAUGACAUGCAGAAAUAUAGCAGGAGGUAUGCAUAGCCAUGCAGCCAUAUAAAAGCAUAUAUGGUUUUUACACUAAUUGGAUCCGCUGGCUGUCUUCUGCAGCAUAAACAAAAUGUUUUACAAGGAAGCAGAGUAACAGGUUCCCAGAUGUGUUAAGGGUUACAAAUUUACUCCAAUUAAGCACAGUCUGAAACAUUUACAGCAGCAAAGACCAUCUUAAGCUCACCUCCUCGGAGCUGAAACCUAAUCCUUUCUGACAUUAUCUAAUUUGUUCUGCAAGGUUUCCCUUUUUCAAAUGAUGUCUCUCCCUCUCUCUCUCAACCCACGCUGCAUAAAACAGCGUCUUAGCCUCUGAUGGCUGAGCAUCAUGGGGCUCAGAGCAGAAGUCUUACUAUUACUUCCACCUCACCGCUACAUUUGAUGUCAGCCUCCUGAACCGAAACUCCUGCCUGAGUCCAGCGGUAAACAAAUUUCAGAAGCAGAGAAUAAACGUUGAUGAAACACUGAAUACUCAGCUGAUUAUGAGGUUUUUCCCGCUCUAUCGCUUUUCCCAACAUUUCUGGAUGGAAAGACUCCAUAUUGACUGAGACUUGAUAAAUUUUGUAUGAGGAUAUUUUUGAACUUCAUGUUUGGAGACUCAUAUUUUUUUAAUGUCUUCCUUUGGUGCUGGGAUUUAUUUUCGAAAGUUUGUCUCGAAUGUUUGCCACUUGUGAAAUCACUUUAUUAUGUAUGUAAACAGGAUUUAGUGAAAUAAUAAGGUUUGCUAGACUUUUAUUUAAGAGUCUGAACAUGCUGAGUCUUAAGGUCCUUUCACACCAGGACUGUUUUUUUCGUGCGAUUAUUUCGGACGUCAGUAUUUUUUUUCGAACCCGUAUCCUGUCAAUACAAGCGUUCACAUCAGUGACGUUUUCCCGUCCUGCGAUAUCGCGACAUUUAUUUUUUCGGAUCACGAUCGAUUUUUCUAAAGUUUCGCAUACUGUGUGUCCACUUCUGACCAAUUAGAUUGCAUGUUGUUGCGACGCCAGAUUCACCGAUAUAUCCAACAUGGCCGACCGGCUGGUUUUUUACGUGUCGGAGAACAGAGUGAUUUUUGAUAAAAAACACAAAUAUUACAAAGAUAACGACCUGAAGGAAAACUAGUGGAGUCAUAGCGUCAGAUUUAUCAUAUGAGGAUAGUUUGUGUGCUUUAACAGUUUGCUAAAAGUCUUUGUUUUAACUUUCAUCUGUGCUGACGUAAGCUAACAGUUGUUACCAUAGUUUCAUAUGCUUAUCUUAUCGUUUCUGAUAAGUGCUAGGCUUGAGCGUGUGAUGACGUUGCCAGCUUUUCUAGCGAAUCAGAGGUGAAGGAGGCGGGACUUUCCCCAGGAAGUGUCUUUUUUCCUCCGGAAAGUCGCAAAAUCACAUUGGGCUUGAUGUGUAUAGUCAGGCGCGUUAAAAUUUACCUCCGAAUAUUUCGUAAUUUUGCGUUCUAUAUUCGCGUCAGCCCCGGUGUGUAAAGACCUUUAGCCAUAGACUGCAAAUAGAGUGGACGCCGCCUGCCUCCUCGCUGGGUGAAGCGAGGAGAACAGCACCCUCUAGUGACGGGCUGCAGUAUAGGUCAUAAACCCUGCGUCCUCCAGCAAUCCCUAUGGAGCUAUGGACAAACUUUAGAAAUUUAUUACGGGGGUCGAGUCGAGUGGUUUUUUUCGUGCUUCUUCGGAUAAAGCCGGACAAGGCCGGACAGCCCCCCAAAAAAGAAGACAUGUCCGGGUAACACAGGACGUACUGUCACUCUACUACAGAAGAGAGACCAUUUGGCCUGUUUGUAGCCUCUAGUAUGUUAAUGUGGAAGCACUCAUGGCGUGCACGGGUAGUCUGCACAUCUUGGAAGGCACCAUUAAUGCUGCAGAACAACAGAGCAACAUCCACUCCCAUCCAGACACUGCCUUUCUCAUAGGCGUCAAGCUAACGAUGCUAAUAUCAGCGCACACACAAUGAAAACAGGCCUAUAUGUUGCCCCGGUAAUCAAAUCUUGUUUCUCUUUUGUUGUAUGUACAGGUCAAAGUCAUCCUGAGGGUGAACCCGACUCUGUCUGAGUGCAAAGGUCAACCACCCGUUCUCCGUGUCGAGCCGUUCAAGAACAGAGUGACCAUUUUGGAGCCGAUCAGCAGAAGCCAAUCACACGUCAUGACGCUGGACAGGGACAGCAAACACGUCGUUAAGACCUUCAACUUUGAUGCUGCGUUUCCUCAAGAGUCGACCCAGGUUUGGUCCUGAAUCCGGAUUAUUAACCUGACGAAGAAAUGCACAUUUUCCCCUCUGUGUACUGUGUAUAAAUUUGAUUUCCCUGAAAGCUAAUAGUGCCAGGAAAGCCACCGCUAUCACACAGCCCAUCAAUUAGAUUCCACAGUCUUCAAUAUCAGAGUGCAUUCCUCCACUGCUGCAGAUUUUUCAUUUCUCUGGAUUUACUUUUCCAGUGCCGGGAUGAUUCAUAAGACGCUCGCUCUUCUUUGUUGUCUCUUGGCCAGGCUGAGGUGUGUGCAGGCGUCUUGGCUGACGUCAUCCGCUGUGUGCUCAGCGGUAACGAUGGAUGUGUUCUGGGUUUGGGAUGUGCAGAUGUGGGUGAGUAAUCGGUCACUGCGAGAGGCCAUGGGUUAAAUCUUUAGAUGAGAGUGGAACGCUUUUAUCUGCCCCCCUCCCCCUCUUCUCCUCUGUCCCGCUCCUACUAUCAUUCACCCUUUCUUUAUCACUUACAGCCCAUCUCUCUUUUCUCUCUCUCUCCUCUUAUCAGUCCUGUUAUACUCUUUAAACCGUCUUAUUUUUUCACGUUUUUAUCUCUUUCUCCUUUUUGAUCUCAGUUAUGACAGAAAUGCGUGAGCGCUUUUUCGACUCUCCCCUCUCGGUCAUUCAUCUUUUACAUCUUCUCUCGUAAAUAAAAGCGUUUCCAUCAAUUAUGCAACACUUUUGCUUUUCUAAAAGCUCAACCAUCAGACGGUGGACAUAUCAACAUGCUGAAAAAUGACACAAAUAUUUUAUUUUCGGUUGCGCCGAGCUUGCAGCGACACAGACUGUAAUACAUUGCUAUUAGAGAGAUGGACCCUGCACUUAGCGUCGGUCGGCAGGCUUAAUAGAUUUGUAGGGUGUGCUCACACACACACAAAGACACACACAUACACACACACACACACAGAGGGUAAGGACAGGGUCUCCUUGGCUCUGCUUUUUCACAUGACGCCACCCUCCGUAAAUCUGAUUGAAUUAGUCGGCCAAUACAAACUACAUGUGGCCCCCAGCCAGCGGAUAUCCAUCUCCUCCACAGAAUACUAUUCCCUCUGAAUAGACAGCUUGGCCUUUAAUUGGAGUAAACCAAUUCUGUUAUCCUCAUUCAGUUAGAGUUCGGAUAAGACAAGAGAGGUAAAAGAAAAGCCCAUAACUGUAAACUACUGAGGGGCAAAAGUGCACGUGGAAAAAAACCUAAAAGGGAAUCUGAAAAAACUGAUCUGCUCUGGGUCCACAUAUUAUCCGUCCAUUCAAUUAUUCCGUUCAGUCUAGUAAAUGGAAAACAAAAAAAACGGGUCAAUAUUUUGUUUAUUUGUUUUUCUAUAAAACUAAAAAUAAAAAAAUAAUGUUUGUUUUCGUAUUUUCAGCUCAAAACAGAUUAUAUAAUAGAGAUGGAAAUGAAAACGAAAUAAUAAAUCUUAUUUACAAUUAUUAAUUUUGAGUGCGCCUGUUUUGAGCGUACGUGCAUGGAGGCUACAUUGGCCUUCCCAUGAUCCUCAGCGACAGUUACCAUGGCGAAAGAUGCGACAGAGCGGUUCGAGCGCUGAAAUCUUACGUUGUAACAGAGCUCUGGUUGUAAUUUUUUCUACAGUCAUAUCGUCCUCCUUCAGCCUGACCCUCCUGAUGGCAUUGAAUAAUACGUAGGAUGCGUCCGUCUCCAUGACAACAGGUUAGCCUUUCUCUAGCGCUCUGGCCUGGAGUUUUUGGUCCACUCUGUAGAAAGGCACUGUGGGAAAUGGGGACAUCAAUAACCCGAAAAACGAAAAGUAGAUUUUUUUGUUUUGGUUUCCAUCUCUAUUAAAUAUUCUGUUUUGAACUGAAAAUACGAAAACAAACACUAAUCUUUAACUUUUUGGUUAUAUAGAAAAACAAAUAAACAAAAUAUUGACGCGUUUUUUUCGUUUUUCAUUUACUAGAUUGAAUGGAAUAAUUGAAUGGAUGGAUAAUACACAGACCCAGAGUUUUAUCUGAUUUAGCCUUUUUUCGUCGAUCUGAAUAAUUCUGGAGUCCAGCCAUGACGCCUAAGGUUCACUUCCGAGCCACAAAACUUUCUAAAGACAAAAAUGUCUAAAUCAGAUAGAAACUGAAAAAAUUAUCCAUUUAUCCCUUAUUUUGAAAAAUUGAAUGAACCAAUGAUACAUGGAUUGCUCUGGUUUAAAGUGUGUACAACCACCAUGUUAAAAUGCUAGAAAAUAAAAAGCAUGCAUACGUCUGUGAGCUCUGUUGUUUCCUUCAGGCUCCUGGUCCAGCAUGGUAGGGAGUGGUGAGAGCGUCCAGAAGCUCGGGCUCAUCCCUUAUGCGAUCUCCUGGCUGUACAGCGCCAUCGAGCGGCGGAGGGAGAAAACCUGGACCGAGCUGACGGUAUCAGUGUCAGCUAUAGAGCUCUGCUGUGGGGAGGAGGACACUCUGAGGGAUCUUUUAGGGGAGGUGGUCCCCUCAUCAGGCAGUAUCCAUGACAGCCCUAAAGCUCAUAUUAGACUCCAGGAGGACCCCGUCCAUGGGAUACAGGUAGGAGAAAAAAUGACUAAAAAGGAAAUAAAGUCAGGAGCUCCUCUUUAAGGUGGUCUUCAUGGUGCUUCCUACUAUUCCUCUGCCUUUUUGAUGGGCUUUGAAUUGGCUUUAGACAAUAUGUAGGAUAGUAAUAACUCCUUUGCUUCAUCAGUUACACCAAGCUAAAAUUGUGCCCCUCUCAAAGCUCCUAUAAGGAGUUUUUUGAUUAUAAGAAUAAAUAAAUAAAAUAAACUGAAAGUAACAAACAAAACCAUCAGAGUCAGGAGUGAGAGAUUUUUAGUUAAGUGUGUAGAGGACGAAAUAAGUGAGGAUUGCACAAGGGGUGAUGUUCCUCACAGAAGCUUUAAAGUAGGGCUGGGCAAUAUGGCCUCAAAUCAAUAUUACAAUAUUUAUCGUUAUCACCUCAAUAACGACAAGUGGAUGAUAACUACUCCACAAGCUGCUCACCCCCUCCCGCAUUAACUUCGUCUACUUCACCCGCUACAACUUUUGAACCGUCCUCCAUCUCCUCACCUGUCUUUCCCUCUUUGUUACGGACUGGAUGGGGUGGAGUCACAACUUUGACGUAGGACAGCAUCUUGAAGGGACAUGGGACCAUUGCCUACCUACAUACAUCCAAAACCAACUUUGAUUUAUUUAUUGACACUGAACAUACCGAUAUGGCCAAAAUUACGUUGGUUAUUAUUGCAAAUUUCAGUAUCGGUAAAUUUUCAGUUUAUCACCCAGCCCUACUUCAAGGAUCUUAACCUCAAUCAUAGCUUCUCUUUGUAUUUCAGAUGUUGUGUGGAUUCAACUUCCUGUGAGUCUAAUUAGAUUUACAAGAAUCAGAGAAGUUAACCAGAGGUGCUGAAAAAAGACAGAUGGUGGGAAUAAUGGAGAUAUUGCAUUAAACGUCUUGUUACAUUUCUAACUUUGACUCUAAGAUACUGUAAGAUUGAUGUUAAUGUUUAUAAAGAUGGUCAUUUUGGAUAAUGAUCUUGGGGGUGAGUGCAACCAUUAAGAUCAAAUCUGAUUGUGUCAGGACUCUAGAGUUCCUCCCUCCCGCUGCUGUUUGCAAGCUUGCAGCACACUGUACGUUUCUCUGUUCUUCUUCAAAAUAAAACUCACAGUAUAUUAAAGCUGUUCUUCUUCUCUUCCUCCAGCUACGUAACCACAACCGAGUGAAGGCCCCCACUGCCGAGCGGGCCGCCUCUCUACUUGACGCGGCCAUCGCGGCGCGUCGGCACAAUGACUUCAUUACAUAUCUGUCCCACAGCUCUGUAAUGUUUUUCACUCUCUACAUCCAGCCCCCUCGAACAGAGAGCAGCACCAUCGGCAAAGGUUGACAUGAAUUAUUCAGUAGCUCUGGCAGCUUGUCCCCACUGAAUUUGCUUGUUUCCCCAUGAAUUAUUUCCCGGGAUGGCCCCUUAAAUCAUACGUCCAACUUGCUUGCUCUCUGUCAUUUUCAUUUGUAGGAGCCCGUGGCCCAACUAAGCUGACCAUGAUAGAUGUGUGCAGUGGUAUGAGGGGAAUGAGGCAGAAUAAGCCUCCGUUUUCAGAUCUGGGUCCUGUUGUUUUGGCGCUACUAGGCGGACAUAAAACCAUCCCAAACAAGUAAGACCACAACUCCAAAAUACUCCUGGUAUUAACAUUUUGACAAACAUCUGAGUCACUUUAUUCUAGCUGAAAAAUAAUGAUGCUCUGUGUCUCGAUAGGGGGAGCAAGUUGAGUAUGCUUCUUCAGGAGUCCCUGGGUCACGUAAACUGCCACACUACAGUGGUCGCUCAUGUUGCUGAUUCUUUGGCGCAUCUUCAAGAGGCAUUAUCAACCAUCCAGAUAGCUUCUCGCAUCCGCAAGACCCAGAAAAGGACAAAGGUUAUUCAAACUUUGUGUCUUGACCAAAUUUAAUUCCCAUCUCAGGGGGGUUAUCAAAGUUUAUUUGUCUUAUGACCUGGAAAAUGAUAUUUGAGCUUCCUAUCCACACCUGUGUCUUUCUCCAACAGCAGUCAACUUCCUGUUCUCCAUGUGGACGGAGCCUGACGAGGGAAAAGAGAACACCUCAGACUUUUUCCCUGCGGGCGUUCCACUCCACCGAAGAGGUAGAUGUUGACGUCCCUCGUUUCCGUUUGCGCGGAGAGCUGGGAGAGCGCUCCAGCAGUGACCAGUCCUGCGACACAGUCAUCCAACUGGACUCAUAUGGCUUGGUCCAGUCCAAAAUCACUCCAAGACUGACACAGCCUGAAUUUGUGCCAAUUAUACCUUCUUUGCAUCCUAACAAGGCCGACAUGGAUGACCCAGAAUUCACCGCUCUGCUCCAGGAGCUUUUGAAAAUCCCCAAACUGCAGGGCGGAAAGAAAAAAGAGGAGGCUGAAGGAAACAGUGAAGGGUUAAAAACAGAUUCAAAGCAGCCGGUGAGAGACUGUCUGAAAUGUGACACGUUUGCUGAACUUCAAGAGCGCCUGGGCUGCAUCGAUGGAAGUGAGAUAACGAUGGAUUUGCUCAAGUCUUCCUCAAAAGGCGCUCCCGUUAAUGAUGCAACAACCAAAUCACAACCCCUGAGGGAAACAGGGAAACAAACAGGCGGUGCACAAUCACACGCGCCACAGAAUCAACUGAAUAAGGCGUGCGGUCAGACUUCUGUUGGGGAGCAGCAAAAAGACGGUGCCUUACCUGGAGACAGUUUCCAGAGAGAAGAUUCGGGUCUGUACGAUUGUGAGGAGUGCAGUGGAACCAGUUCUAGCGAGGAACUGCUGAACCAAACCCUCAAUAUCAGCAUGGCCUCUCGCUCUCAGGUGCCCAAAAAUGAAACCCUCAAGUUGGGUGAUAAGCCUUCUUCUCAGGAUGCUCAGGAGACAGCUCCCACAGGAUCCACCACAGUGCUUCAGCCCACAGACAAACAAGAGAGUCCUGAAGCUGCUGAGUGGUUCAAAACGGACAAAAGGUCCUCACCUGUUGGCAAAAGCUCCCCGAUAUCUCCCACUUCCUCCUGCUCGCUAGCGAGAGAUGUCUUACCCAGUCGCUCCGCUGAGGACAUCAAGGAAAUGAAGGCGACCAUCACAGUGACUGUUCAACAACCGCUGGACCUUAAGGGUCAAGAUGAACUUGUCUUCUCGAUGGUUGAGGAGGUGACUAUCAGUGGAGCGCUGGACAGAGGGAGAACAGGCGGCAACAUUAUUUGUAUCAGGGACAGCAUGCAACCACAGACACAGGCUCAAAUUUCUGGAAGCUCUCAACCAAUCAGAAUAAUCAGCAAUGUCACCGAAGAGUCUGCGGCUGCAGGUCCCACUGUUGUAAACAAAAGCCCUUCUGUUCAGUCUUCAGCAAAGGAAGCGAGCACUGAAAACCCCCCACCUCAUUUCAGGAAGGAAAAGAGAUACUUACCUUCAUUUAUAAACCCCAUGCUGAUACCUACAGACAUGGAUUGUGAGCGUCCUCACGACUCCUUAGCGGGACUUCAGCCAUCGCCUGAGAUCAGAGGGAAUAACGUCAAAUGUCAAGAACAAUGUCAAGCCCAUGAUAAGAAGAGCGGGGAAUUCGCCUCUGAGACACAUGCCAAAAAAUCUGAGAAAGUAUAUGACUCAUCUUUUAGCCCAAAUUGCAAUGACGUAAUGGUUUCACCAGAUUUCUGCGAGGAGAACAAACUGCAUAGAAAGAGGACGAGAAACCCAGACAAGAACCACUCAAGAGACAGGGAGCAUGUUUACUCCUCCAACCCUCCACAGGGAUCAGAGGGGGGAGAAGUCAGUUCUAGACGUGUUGGGAAUGGCCCCACAGGAACUGGUGUUUCACCUGGUUGCCAAGAAACCGCCCAUUCUUAUUUUAAAACAGGUAGUUUGCCUCGAGGCUGGCAGAACGCCAGUUUUAAAGAUGGCUAUCACAGCAGCCGUUUGGCAGACUACCACAGAGACCCAAGAGGGGUGACAUCAUCCACUCCCUGUAGCCCGGGGGUAACUCUGGAGAGGAGGCAAAGCAGGCAGACCUCCCCGGUGAACCACGGCCUCCAUGCCUCCUCCUCUCCUCGGAAGUAUGGAAGUGAGUACAAACAGCACGCCUCCAAAAAGAGCGUUGAAUCUUUAUUUGAGACCGCGAGUUUCAGAGUGAAGCAUGAUGGCGGCAUGAGCGGGAGGUUGAUGUCACCGAUAGAGGACAGUGACAUGCUUUUCAAUGCAAAACUGGAGCAGUUGGGUACCAGGACUAACUCCCUCGGGAGGUCCCAAAGAGACCUCCAUCAUCUUGAUAGAGGAGGUAGUAACACCUCGCUGAGCUCCAAAGGAAGCUCCAAGGGGAGUGCUGAAGGAGCUUACAAGCGAGGUCACAAAGGAAAUAACGAUGGAGAUUGUACGUUUCCAAGAGCCAGCAGGAGUCCCAGGAGGAACCCUCGGUCAGACCAGACCCAUGAAAACUACUUAACUCAAUCUGCGAGGCAUAUCCAUACCAAGCUCUCUGCUGUAGGGAAACUUAAGUUGGCGAGCCCCAAAGUCCGUCGCCUGUCCACCUCAAGCAUCAAGAACCUCAGCCUUCCCCACAAGAGUCUACGGCAGUCUGUCAACCGCAGCGCCAGUCUGUCCCCAGAUGGUAAAACCGUGAGCUUUGAGCGUACAUCUUCCUUCCUCUCCUCUUCACCUCCGCCGUCCUACCGCUCAAUCAGUCGGACUCCAAGCCAGAGCUCCACGUGCUCAUCCACAAAAUCAGCCAUCCAGGGGUUUGUCAACGGCCGGAUCACGGACCUCUUCAAGGAAAGAUCCUCCAGCCCCACCUCAGGAGGGCUUGACCACGUGGCUUCACUUCCCUCGCCAUACAGCCGGGUAACUGAACCCCGUACGCCCGAUCACAUGAGCGGGCAUGCGAGCGACACCACCAGUGUAUUGAGUGGAGAUUUACCACCAGCGAUGGGGAAGACAUCCCUGCAUUUCUCACACAGGAACAGCAUGGUGAGCAGCGGGUACGACAGCAUGAUGAGGGACAGCGAAGCCACGGGCAGCAGCACCUCAACCAGAGACUCAAUCAGCGACCGCGGCGGCUCGCUCCUCAGUAUGAACCGCAGCAGUCGCUCAUCUCGGAGGAGGGGGAACACAGGUAAAACACCUGCAAAAAACAGGCGUUUCUGAACUAAACUGGACUGAUCUCAAACUAAAGGCCUACUGAGCCCCCCUUUGUGUGUCGUCGGUGCUGGAUGUUGGCUUUGCUAGUUUUGUCUCACAUGGUUUAGCUAUUUAGCGAGCACGUAGAGAAAUUUGAUUUCUUCUAAUAUCCCUUUUAGACUGAUUUAUACAUUGUCUGUUUCACAAAGCAAGCACUUGUUCUUAUUUAUUCCAUGAAAGUGUAAUAAUUAAAUUCAAAAAACAAUGAAUGACGUGUUUUCCUGUACUUUUUAAAAAAGUUACUGUAUGUUGAGGGGGGAAACUUUUUUAAAUCGGAUAUUUUAGACUUAGCAAAAUCACAACAAUCCACAAAACUGAAGUAAUGUCCAGUUAAAGACUUUAUUUAUUGAUUUUUGAGAAACUUUCUUAAAAACAUUUAGUUUAGGGUGACCGUAUUCUGAAUCCCCCAAAAGAAGACACUACUGCACAAGGUAGAGUUGCACGUUGUUAGUUUUGAGAGUUUUUUGGUUUAGGUCAAGUGUUUUUUACGAGCUUCUAACUCAGUUAGUCCACGCGACACAAACUCAAAACUUCCAUACAAGACCCCAGACAUUUGAAGGAUUUGAUAAACUCCCCCAGACAAGGCCAGAAAGGCUGGACAGCACCCAAAAAGAGGACAUGUGGUUACCCUAAUUUUGUUUUUAUACAUAAAUCAACUGACCUAACCACACAACCCUCAUGAACAGCAGUUCUGGGAUUGUAUUUGAGGGUUUGUACCCCAACUACAUCACAUAUUCAUGUGACUCUAAUCAGGGGUGACACACGUCUGUAAAAUACAGUCAGACCUAGUUUCCUUACUGGCUUUAAAAGCUUAAGUGUAUGAAGUCACAUUAUUAAUAUAUGAACCUUGUGACUUUAGGUGCUAGAGUGAACUGAAAUGAAGGUUUGGGUUAUACACUAAAUCAUAAAGGGAGGUGAUUAUUGUCUAAAGGUAAUUUUUAAUGGAAAAUGCACUGAAAAUUUUAACGGUCUUUCUUGUCAACGCUGUUUCUAGGUAUUUGGUUUUCUUUACUGUUGCUCAUUUCACUCCAAAUGUCUUGAAGUCUGUCUACCUCCACCUCUAUCUGUGCAACUGUAGAGUUUAAGGCACAUUAUCUGAGCGGCUACCCUGGUUCAAUCCAAUCCUGUGGCUCCUUACCUGCACGUCUUUUCCUGCUCUCUCUCCUCUGUCCUGUCCUCUGUCAAUAAAGGCCAAAAAGCCCCAAAAUAAAUCUUUCUUAAUCUUUGUAGAAGCACAAUGUGAAUCACACACAUUGAUCACAGUGUCAGUAAUGUCGGUGCAUGACUUGUUGUUCCCUGGAACAAUCCUCAUGCACAUCAGGAUCGACAUUCAUCGACUUUUCUACAUUAAGAGGGACCCUGUGUGCAUUAAUGCAUGUGGCACAUCAUCACCUGCACCGACAUAUUCAGGGUGGAUCAAAUGUUUGCAAACAUCGAACAAAGGUAGGCUGCAAACAUUGGUUCUCUUGUCGUUUGUUGCAUGAAGCAUGUGUGUCUGUUUUUGUGUGUAAAAGAGCGACCGCAAACUGGACUCCCUUUUGUGGGGCUGCAAAGGGAGUUUCUGGUGCAGGUACCCUCCUCUUUUGGCCUCAUAAUGAAAGCAGUUUAGGGGAGAGAAACAUAAAAUCAACCUCUCCAAGUCCUGUAAACAAAAUAAAAACUAAGAUUGAGUGUUUGAUGAUUCCUUAUGUUUAGGAGCGCUGCAACUUGUGUCUUAAUAGCGAGAAAAGCUGACUUUGGUCCAAGACAAACACUUAUGUGUACCCUCCAAACUCCACCUAUGUCGUCCAGCCCUCUAUGUUUAAGAUAAAUGCUUAAUCUGUCUUUGCCUGUGUUCAUAAAAACUGGUUCUAGUCCCUCAAAUAAGCAUUGAAACUGGACACAGUUUAAAAUAAGAGUAAUUGAGUGUCCAUACAAGAGGAAAUACAGCGUCUCACUGCAGCCUCUUUCUGCCUCGCCCUGCUAGGUAUUCACCAGCGCCGUCUUUCCCAUGAGACUCCUCUGUCUCUGAGACGCUCGUCUGGCGGACUGCGGUCUCGCUGGGUGGAUCGGGGAAUCCCAGAGGCCUACGAGAUCAAGGUCUAUGAGAUCGACGAUGUGCAGGGGAUGCAAAAAAGAGCAGGUGCUGGCAAACAGGUGCUGGGUUUAUUUUGAUUUUCGGUUUUGAGGGCGUCUGCGACAAAUAUCCAGACCACUUCCCAAAGACUUUAUUAAUGGUGGACAUCAGCCAUCAGUUUGUGAACUAUUUUUGUUUUUUGGGCUGAAAUUUUGAGAGCCACAUUUGACCAUAAAUAGACUAGAGGAUGGUGAUGGAGAGGACCAAGGGGCAGGCAAAGUUAUCAAAGCUAUGCAGCCUGUGGCCACGGCAUCAGCUGGCCAAUUAGUUUGCUACCAGCUGUGCGCCCCCCAGAACAAAAAGUCUUUUUGUAGUGAUAGCUGACCAGAGUUGUUUACUUAUCAGUAAGUUAACAUCUGGUCUGAACGGAGCAUAUUGCAGAACCUUUUACAUAAUUUAAAAUAGUGAGUCUAUCAAAUUCUCCCCCUUAAUUAAAAAGGAGCAUUAAAAACUGAAGAUGCCCUCCAAUCAGACAUUGCCAUUUAUUUCUUUUUUAGUGUUACAGGUUAAAAUAAAUGGGAAUUGGAAAAGUGCCACACCUGUUUUCACUGUCAGUUAUACAUUUUAAAGCUGGUUUUUAAGCUUUUUCUUAAUUUCUUAAUCUGACUUUAAUCUUUGAAUAAUAAUAAAUAAUAAUUCUGAGUAUUUUCUUAGAAUUCUGACUUAAAAGACUUUAAAGUCUGAUUUUAAUCUCAGAAUAAUAAUCAAAAAAUAUACAUGUUGGACCUCUUUUUUUUUUGGUUGUUUUUUUCUAGUGGCCCUAAUCUUCUCCUGUAUCAUCUUGCACAUGCUGUUUACUGUACCUUGUGAAAUAUAUCAGUGUAAAAGAAUCAUUUUAGCGAAACCAGAUUCAAUUUCAUUUCUCUGCAGCACAGGUUUUUGUUCAACAUUACAUUUUUUAGUAAAAUUACUCUGAAGUUGCCUAAAAAUCAAAACAGUUAAGAGCUAGCAUGUUAACAGCCACUGUGCAGGAUAUAAAAUGUGCUCUGAAACAAAAACAUGCUCGCCAUGUGGUGAUGUUAUGCCCCAGUGAUGGGGGUCUACUCUCAUGGGACCAGUCCCCACCUCCACCAGUCUCAGGCUCAGUAACUUUGAUACAAAUUUAAUGACCACAUGGGGGAAAUUGGGUCAAAGCAAACGUGAGGAACAAAGAGGUAAAGAAGAAGAAACACAAACCGGACUUUAGUUGGUUAUUAACCGCAGAGGGUUUCACUUGAUUUAGGAAAUAUCAUCUCUUAUCUGUUUCCAAAGGAAUAUGGGGAAUAUACAGAUGUAAAAUAAACACAUUUACUAUAAUAAUAACAUUGAGAGUGUGGUACAGCAGCCCUGCCUGUUUGGGUUUUUCUUUUUACAACACAUUUUAUUUUUCCCGGUCUAAUUCAUGUUUGCUCUCCCUAAUGCAUGAUAGGGUUAGUGUAAUCAGAGGAUAAUUUAUUUAGUAGCCUACAGACUCACUUGACUCACUCCCAUGGGGUGUUGUGCCAUGCCCUAACGUGGUGUUUAUGAGUGUGUGUGGAGGGAGCGAAGAAAGAGACCGGGUAAGAGGGUGGGGGGUGGUGUUUUUACCCAGCCUUUGUGCGAGUGUGGUGCACCUGUUUUUCCAGAUAAUUUACUCAGUUAUUAUUAAUUCUGGGUGAAGAGCUAAUCUUAUGCGGCCCGUGGAGGGCAGGAAUGCUUCAACUACAAAAGUGUUGAAACGUGUGUGUGUGUUUGUGUUUUCAGGGGCCGGCACGCUUCAGUGCCAAGCUGAAGUUUUUGGAGCACCGUCAGGAGAGGAUCUCAGAGGUCCGCGCCAGAUACAACAACCUGAGAGGAGAGCUGGAGCACGCAAAACACAAUCUGAUGCUGGAGCCCGACAAGUGGAACCGAGAGUGUGAGUAAAAUUAUUAUUAUACUAAUUAAAGCAAAAGAAAGGAUAUUAAAAUGAUCAGCAAUGACGAGAAGAGUAGAGGAACACACUAGUUUGAAAUCAGCUGGUUGAUUAUUUGACUGUAAGUUUAAGGUUCACCUCAUUUAAUGUGAAAAAGAAUGUGCUUGUAGUAACAGAGCUGUCCAACAGAGGGCAGCAUACUGCUAUUUCACACAGAAUCCACUUCACUCAUCUUCAUUUUUAAGUCCUGAGAGGAAGAACUCUCAGCAGCCUGUGGGAUAUCUGUAGAUCUCUGGUAUAGAUAAAUAAUUUUAAGUUCACUUUGACAAGUUUAGGUCAUGACACAGCUCACCAUCUCAUUAUUUUGCAGUUAUAUUUGGUGAGUACACUCUUCACCUUGUUUCUCCUCUCCAGUUGACCUGUGGCAGACCUUCGAGGUGGACUCCCUGGAGCAUCUGGAGGCUCUUGAGACAGUGACGACUCAGCUGGAGAAGAGGCUCAACAUCUGCAAGGCUAGCAUCAUGAUGAUCACCUGCUUCGACGUCGCCACCGGUCGAUGGGAUGAAAAGAGACGACUGAGGAGGACAAAGGAGCAGAGAAGAGAGCCUUAG